GAUAAUUGCUUUUCAACUCAUUCCGUACAGUUUCUCCGUCCGCUGCUCUUCUCUAAUCAAAACUCGCUCACUCGCGCUCGAAUGCGAUCAUCGUGACUCACCUCGACUCACUGAGUCAUGAAGUGCCGAUCCGUGGCGUGCAUAUGGUCAGCCACGCCUCCGUCUCACCGAGUCACCGCCACGGCGGUGCUCGACUCUCCUCCGACUCUCUACACCGGCGGAUCCGAUGGCUCUAUCAUUUGGUGGAACCUCUCCUCCACCGAGUCCAACCCGGAAAUUACGCCAAUAGCUAUGUUGUGUGGCCAUGCUGCGCCCAUAGCUGAUCUCGGGACUUGUUAUCCUGUUGUGGCAUUUGGAAAUGAGAAGAAAGACUCUUUGACUAAUGGUGGGGGGAACUCUACUUCUGGUUAUUAUGGUGCGUUAAUCAGUGCGUGUACUGAUGGUGUGUUGUGUGUAUGGAGCAGAAGCAGUGGGCAUUGCAGACGAAGGAGGAGAUUGCCACCUUGGGUAGGUAGUCCAUCCAUGGUUCGAACAUUGCCUUCGAAUGCAAGAUACGUAUGCAUUGGCUGUUCUUUUGUAGACACUGUCCAUGUGUCUGGUCAUCAUUCCACUGACUCUGCAGAAGGAGGUGAAGGGUCAGUGGAUAGAGUGUCUCAGCAGAGAAAACCACCAAAGUGUACUGUAGUAGUUGUUGAUACAUAUACCCUUACAAUUGUCCAAACUGUUUUUCAUGGGAAUUUAUCUAUUGGCUCGUUGAAGUUUAUGGCUGUAGUUCCACCCACUGAGCAUAGAGAAAAACAUUCUGUAGUCAUGGGUGAUUUGUCUGGUAGAUUGCAAUUGGUUUCGAUAUUAAAGGAUCCCCACCGAGAUGGGGAGGUUGGGACUGGUUCACAUAAAAGUUCUUCUCAGUCAGGAAUGACUGUCUGGGCAGAUGAAUUGAGUGAGGGCGGACAGGUUUUGUCAAUUGCAACUCGUGGGGAUGUUAUCGCUUUUGUUUUGCAAAACCGAUGCGUAUUUAGGCUGUUAGCCAGUGGUACUACAAUUGGAGAGAUUUAUUUUGAGGACAAUUUCAUUUGUCUAGAAAGCAAGUCAGCUCAAUCUCAUGUCAUAGGGGGAAUGUUUCUUGAAAGUGAAGAUUUUGGGAAUGAGCUGAACAACGAUGAACUAAAUGAAUUAUUUUCUAAAAAAUUUUCCGUGUGGAAUAAUAAAGGUUAUGCAGUUGUGUACACAAUAUCAUUUUCAAAUAGCAUAUUCAAAAGUGAGCUACUUUGUGAGAUCCCUUCCACUUCUCAUCCCCAUGAUGUAAGAUUGUCAGUUUGUUUAAUUCAAUUGAACUGCUAUCUUCUUCGCAUUGACUCACUUUGCUUUGGUGUUGAAGAACCUUUACAGUGGAAACCACACAUCACAAUCUGGUCACUACAUUCAGAACAUGAUGACCACGGAAAAUUGUGCUUGCAAUGCAGAAUGCUUGGAGAAAGUAGUUUUUUUGUUGAUUGGAUUGCGAACUCUACUCCACUUCAAGAAAUUGAGGGCCCCGCUGGUUGGAAGAAUGAGUUAAGUUCUAAGCAAUCUUCUGGUCCAAGUUCAACAAGUGUUAAUAAUAUACAUGAAGAUGAUUAUAAUUAUGGCUGUGUGCAUAAGGGACAGAUUGUAUCUUCUUCCAUGGUUAUUUCAGAAAAUCUCUAUGCACCUUAUGGUAUUGUGUAUGGCUUCUUUAGUGGGGAAAUAGAGGUUGUAAGACUUGAUUUGUUUCAUGGACUUACUUCUCAUGGUAAUAGUCCACGAUGUGCAGUGAGUUCACAUGUAUCCAGGCAAUAUUUUCUAGGACACACAGGUGCUGUAUUGUGUUUGGCAGCGCAUCAAAUGUUGGGUACUAGCAAAGGAUGGAGUUUCAAUCAGGUUUUAGUGUCUGGUAGCAUGGACUGCACGGUUCGUAUAUGGGAUCUUGACACAGGAAAUAUCAUUACGGUAAUGCACCAACAUGUGGCUCCAGUGUGCCAAAUAAUUCUUCCUCCAUCUCGGACUGACCACCCUUGGAGUGAUUGCUUCCUUUCUGUUGGGGAGGACUCAUGUGUUGCUCUUGCUUCUCUUGAGACUUUGCGGGUUGAGAGAAUAUUUCCUGGACACCCCAGCUGUCCUGCUAAAGUUGUAUGGGAUGGUGUAAGAGGUUAUAUUGCAUGCCUCUGCCAAAAUUAUUCAGGAACGUCUGAUGCCAAUGAUGUUCUAUAUAUUUGGGAUGUAAAGUCUGGUGCCAGGGAGCGGGUUCUUCGUGGGACUGCUUCUCAUUCAAUGUUUGAUCAUUUCUGUAAAGGCAUCAGCUUGAAUUCCUUAUAUGGCACUGUAUUGAAUGGAAAUACCUCAGUUUCCUUAUUAAAUCUUCCAAUAAUUGACGAUGGAAGCUUUUCUCCUUCUAAUUUAAAUAAUAAAGAGAAGUUGGUUACUUUGUCAAAUGUGGUGCCAGGUAUUACAAAUAUAAUUGAGCCCAAUACUUCCCAAGCAAAUGUUAGUAAAGGAAUUUCUGUAAAACCCUAUUUAACCACUCAAUCAAUCCUUCAAAGCAUCAAGCCUUCCAUCAAAUGCUAUUGUCCAUUCCCUGGAAUUUCAACUCUGAGUUUUGACCUUGGAUUGUUGAUGUUUCCCUGUCAGAAGCGUGAAUCCACUGCUAAUGGCAAUGAUAAGGCAGAUAGUACCAAUGUGAAGGAACAGGUUACUGAAAGACCAAGCCCACGCCACAUUAAUUUAGAUGAUGGUUCUGAUAUGCAUGGAAGCAUGACUGAUUCUAUGGAAGAACUUGACUGGAUUAGAUCACUUGAAGAAUGUUUACUUCGAUUUAGCUUGUCAUUUUUACACUUGUGGAAUGUAGAUUGUGAGCUUGAUAAUUUACUUAUAACUGACAUGAAGCUAAAGAGGCCGGAGAAUCUUAUUGUAGCUUCCGGUUUGCUUGGGGACAAAGGGUCUUUGACGUUGACAUUUCCUGGUUUGAGUUCUAUCCUUGAGCUUUGGAAAUCUUCAUCCGAAUUUUGUGCAAUGAGAUCACUGACAAUAGUGUCCCUUGCCCAACGCAUGAUUAGCUUGUCUCACUCUGGCUCCACUGCUAGUAGUGCUUUAGCAGCAUUCUAUACUAGGAAUUUUGCAGAAAAAUAUCCAGAUUUGAAGCCACCCUUACUCCAGCUUUUGGUGAGUUUCUGGCAAGAUGAAAGUGAACACGUACGUAUGGCUGCUCGUUCUUUAUUCCACUGUGCUGCUUCACGGGCAAUUCCACUUCCUCUACGGAGUCAAAAAGCAACUGAUCAAGCAAAUUUGAACUCUCUAAUUGGAACCAGAGAAAAUGAACAUGACAAAUUAAACAUAGAAGAAACAUCUGCUAACGGAUUGCAUUCUGACCAGCUGCUGGAAACACAAGGGAUAUCUCAGGUUGAGGAAUCUAAGAUACUUGCUUGGCUAGAAUCAUUUGAAAUGCAAGACUGGAUUUCAUGUGUAGGAGGAACGAGCCAAGAUGCAAUGACUUCUCAUAUUAUUGUUGCAGCAGCAUUGUCUAUUUGGUAUCCCAGCCUUGUCAAGCCAAAUCUUGCCAUGCUGGUUGUUCAUCCAUUAGUGAAAUUGGUUAUGGCAAUGAAUGGGAAAUAUAGUUCUACUGCAGCAGAGCUCCUUGCAGAAGGCAUGGAAAGUACAUGGAAAGCUUGCCUUGGUUCUGAAAUACCUCGUUUGGUUGGAGAUAUAUUCUUCCAAAUAGAGUGUGUUAGUGGCCCAUCAGCGAACUCAGCUGCACAGAAUCCAGUUAUACCAGUUGCCAUUCGGGAAACUUUGGUUGAGAUUCUUCUUCCAAGUUUAGCACUGGCUGAUAUACCAGGAUUUUUAACUUUUAUAGAGAGCCAAGUCUGGUCUACAGCAUCCGAUUCACCUGUUCAUUUGGUAUCCCUUAUGACACUCAUCAGGGUUAUCCGUGGUUCUCCAAGAAGCUUGGCUCAGUACCUUGAUAAGGUGGUUAACUUCAUUUUACAAACUAUGGACCCUAGCAAUUCUGUCAUGCGUAAAACUUGCUUUCAAAGUUCAAUGACAGCCUUAAAGGAAGUUGCACGUGUAUUCCCGAUGGUAGCCUUGAAUGACACAUGGACCAGAUUGGCUAUUGGGGAUGUGAUUGGAGAGCUCAACAAUGCUAGCAUUCGGGUAUAUGAUGUGCAAAGUGUGAUGAAAAUCAAAGUUUUGGAUGCAAUUGGACCUCCUGGACUUCCAACUUUGCUUGCAACAGCAUCAGAAACGGUGGUAACUACUGCAAUUUCAGCUUUGAGCUUUUCGCCAGAUGGAGAGGGGCUGCUUGCUUUUUCCGAGCAUGGGUUGAUGAUCAGAUGGUGGUCAUUGGGAUCUGUAUGGUGGGAAAGAUUGAGCCGGAAUUAUGUUCCUGUGCAAUGCACCAAACUGAUCUUUGUUCCUCCAUGGGAGGGACUCUCACCUAAUUCUUCGAGGUUGAGUAUCAUGGCAAGCAUAACGGGAAACGACAGACAGGUCAAUUCACAGGAGAAUGCUAGCAGUGUGAGUCAUGCUGACCGCUUGAAACUGUUGAUUCAUAAUCUUGAUCUGUCUUAUCGGCUAGAAUGGGUUGGUGAACGGAAAGUACUUCUUACAGGGCAUGGCCAUGAGUUGGGCACUUUCCAGUUAUAAGCAUCAUGUCAUGUGGAUUCUCACGGUCAAGCUCUUGGAAGAUUUUCCUCAUUUAAGUUCGGAGCCCAAUCAUAUGGCAUAUUCAGUUCAGUUCUCUUACCAAUAAUAUUUUUUUUUUUGGGUUGGUAGAGAAAAUUCUUCCAAAUUUUACCUGCUUGAGACAUCUUUCUCUUUAGUUUAAUCAUUGACAUCAAGCUUUUGGUGUGCAAUUCUGUUUUCCUAGACCGAGUCUUAGAGAAGGGUGUAGAUGCACUCUUGCGGCAUGAACAAUUCAACACAUGUAUUGUUUGUUCAAAGUAGAUAGCUGUGGAGGUUAUGAUGUAUGUAUUUGAUUAUUUGUUUUUCUUUGGCUGGAAAAGAUGAAGGGUGAUAUGCACGUGAUUCUUAACAGUAGAUGACUGAAUUAAUUAGAAUGCACUAUUAUGUUUACUGA